UACAGAACCACCAUCCCUCAACGAUUAAGUUGCAUAUUUCACUCAUCAAUAUCGCGCACUCUACUUUCCAAUAUGCCUCCCAAAAUCUUCAUCACCGGCGUGACAGGCUACAUCGCGGGCGACGCCCUGCACGUCCUCCACCAGGCCCACCCGGACUACUCGUACGCCGCGCUCGCCCGCACGCAGGAGAAAGGCGACAAAGUCAAAGCCGCGUACCCCAACGUCCGCAUCGUCCUAGGCGACCUAGACAACAGCGAAAUCCUAGAAGCCGAGGCGCGCAAAGCGGACAUCGUACUGCACGCCGCCGACGCAUCGGACCAUGAGGGCGCGGCGAAGGCCAUUGCCAAGGGCCUCGCGGAGGGGCAUUCGAAGGAGAAUCCUGGCUUUUGGUUGCAUACGGGCGGGACUGGGAUUUUGACCUAUUUUGAUUCCCGGGAUGAGCGGUUUGGCGAGUGGGAUGAGAAGGAGUUUGAUGAUUGGAGUGGCGUGGAGGAAUUGACGAAUUUGCCGGACGAGGCUUUUCAUCGUAAUGUCGACAAGAUUGUCCUUGAGGCUGGCGUUAAGUAUGCGGACUCGGUCAAGACGGCUAUCGUCUGUCCUCCUACCAUUUACGGCAAAGGGCGAGGCCCAAUCUCCGGACGCAGUCGGCAGGCUUACGAGCUUACCAAGGUCGUGCUUCAGAAGGGGUAUGCACCGAUUACUGGGAACGGCAAGGCACGUUGGAACAAUGUGCACGUCCACGACCUUUCGGAUCUCUUCGUCCUUCUCGUUGAAGCGGCUGUGGCGAAGAAACUCGACGCAGAACUCUGGGGUGCCAAGGGCUACUAUCUCGCCGAGCAUGGCGAGCACGUCUGGGCCGAUCUGUCGAAGUUGAUUGCAAAGACGGCAGCGGAGAAGGGGUAUAUUGGGAAGGACUGGAAGGAGUAUCAAAUGGACCAGAAAGAGGCCUUUGACAUUGCCGAUUUCCAGGCCCUUUCGUGGGGUCUGAACUCCCGAGGGAAGGCGGAGCGUGCCAGCAAGUUGCUCGGAUGGAAGCCUCAUCGGGUGAGUAUUGAAGAGGAGGUGCCGAAGAUUGUGCAGGAGGAGAAGGACAGGCUGGGCUGAGCUAUCGUUCAAGCCGUGGUCUCAUGCCGCUUCGUAGCCGUGAAGAUAUACAGUAUCGGAUCCUGCAAAUACUCCUCCCAGAACUCCCGAUCUCCUCUAACAACCGGCGUCUCCUCCCAGCGCACAUUCGUAAACGCCUCAAAGUACUUUCCAGCAACCUCCAUCGACCCAUCGUAAUACGCGUCUAACGCCAGCGACUCAAACUCCAACACCGGCUCGGUCAACAUGC